AUGAUCGCUGUGGGCCAGGAGGGGAAGUUGGCACGUAAGUAUUCGGAACCGCGUCGGUCGGCUGCUAAGUGCUGCUGGUGUUCGAGGCGUUGGUCCUCUUCUUGUCGCACUGCUGAGAUGGGUGACCUGGACGACCUGCAAGAGCUGGAAGACGACGGUCUUCUCGAGGAGGUCCUCAAGCGCAGGGCGUGCCUCAGGUGCGGCGCCCGAUGGGUGCAGCACGGCGUGGGCUUCGAUGCUGCCCGCGGGGCGCCGUUCGACUUCACGUGCCGGGGCUGCGACGGGCACUACCGGGAGAUCUUGCCAGGCGUUAACACCAUUGAGGAGGUGCUGCAGACCCUGCGGCGUGGACUGCUCGACGGAGCCCUCGACUGCGGAAGAACCACGGUCGCGGCGGGCCCGCCGCCGCAGACACCGGACUUCCAGGUGACGGUGGCCAGCGCGAGGAGGGACCUCCUCAAGCGCAUCGGCGGCUCCCGCACCCAGCGCUGGCGCCCCAGCGCAGGACCAGGCGCCGGCGCGCAGCGCGACGGCGGCGAGGGCCUCCUGGCGGGCGAGCCAGCCAAGGGCCCGCCAGCCCUGGAGCCUGGCGGCGGAGGCGUCAUCGGCAACUGGCUCCGGGGCAUGCUGACGGGCGGCAGCGGUCGCUAG